AUGGCGGCCAGCUUCCGCGGCCGUCCUAUCCGGAGUCUUCGGAUGCGAGGUCGGAAUGACAGCGGGGAAGAGAACGUACCGCUGGAUCUGACCAGAGAACCGUCAGAAAACUUUCGUGAAAUCCUUCAAAAUGUGGCCAAACCACACGGAGUCAGUAACAUGCGAAAAUUGGGCCACCUGAACAACUUCAUAAAGCUGCUAUGCAGCGUAAGCCACCGUGAGGAAAAUUUUGGGUUUACAUACGAAGAAAUCAUCAUUUGUCUGCGACUAGCUCUACUGAAUGAGGCUAAGGAGGUGCGGGCUGCAGGGUUGCGGUCUCUCCGCUACCUCAUUAGAGACACUGUCGUGCUGCAGAAGGUUCUCAGACUACAGGUGGACUACUUGGUAGCCAGAUGCAUUGACAUCCAGCAGAGCAAUGAGGGGGAGAGGACUCAGGCUCUGAGACUAGUCCGAAAGAUUAUUACCGUCAAUGCAAUGCUGUUCCCCACCUCCAUUGCAAACUCUCUAAUUGCUGUGGGCACUGAUGGACUACAGGAGAGAGACCGCAUGGUCCGCGCAGCCAUCGCAAUCGUGUGUGAGCUAGCCCUGAAGAACCCAGAAGUUGUAGCCAAAAGGGGAGGCCUCAGCACCAUCCUGAAGAGUGUGAUUGACUGUCAGCUGAGCCGCAUCAACGAAGCUCUGAUCACCACCGUCCUCCAUCUACUCAACCACCCACGUACCCGUCAGUAUGUGCGUGUUGACGUGGAACUUGAGCAAAUCCUCGCGCCUUUCACAGAUUUUCACUACCGGCACAACGCAGACACGGCUGAAGGGCAACUCAAGGAGGACAGAGAGUCCCGUUUCUUGUCGAGUAGAAUGGCCAUAGUUGCAGCCUUUCGCUCCUGGUCUGGGAUUAUCAACCUAUGCAAGGCUGGAAAUUCUGGGAUCCAGUCUUUAAUUGGCUUACUUUGCAUACCAAAUAUGGAAGUUAGGAAAGGCUUAUUGGAGGUUUUAUAUGAGAUCUUCAGGCUCCCUGUGCCUAUUGUAACUCAAGACUUCACGGAAGCUCUCUUAAGUGUUGACCCUGCCAGGUUCCAGGACAGCUGGAGACUGUCUGAUGGGUUCGUUGCUGCUGAGGCCAAAGUCAUCCUUCCCCAUCGGGCUCGCUCAAGGCCUGAUCUGAUGGACAACUACCUAGCAUUUGUUCUGUCUGCCUUCAUCACUAGUGGGCUAUUAGAGGGUCUUGUUGAAGUUGUGACCAGUAGUGAUGAUCAGCUUGCUGUCAGAGCCACCAUUCUCCUGGGAGAACUUCUACACAUGGCAAACACCAUCCUUCCUCAUUCCCACAGUCACCACCUGCACUGCCUCCCCACCCUCAUCAACAUGGCCGCCUCCUUUGACAUCGCACAGGAGAAACGACUUCGGGCAAGUGCAGCAGUGAACAACCUGAAGCGUUUCCAUGAGAAGAAGAAGAGAGGUUCGAAACCACACAGUCUUUACCUGGACCACAUCAUUCGCAAGUCCGUGUCUUCACACAACCGCAGAGAGUCUCACUCACGUUCCCACAGGGACAUCUAUGUCAUUAAGGACACAGAAGAAGCACUGAUGAUGAACCUGAGAGACAGUCAUAUUCUCAACCACAAGCAGAACCUGGAGUGGAACUGGUUGCUUAUUGCCACCAUCCUUAAGUGGCCAAAUGUAAACCUCAGGAACAACAAAGAUGAACAAAUGCAUAAGUUUGUGCGGAGGCUGCUGUACUUUUAUAAGCCCAGUAGUAAGUUGUAUGCAGGGCUGGCGCUGGAUCACUCAAAGGCCAGACAACUCACUGUGGUUGGCUGUCAGUUUGUUGAGUUCCUCAUGGAAUCGGAUGAGGAUGGUCAGGGCUACCUGGAGGACUUGGUGAGGGACAUGGUGUCAUGGCUUUCCUCGUCCUCUGGGCUGAAGCCUGAGCGCUGCCUGCAGAGCAAUGGCCUGCUCACCACACUCAGCCAACACUACUUCCUCUUCCUGGGGACACUCUCUGCACACCCACAGGGAGUCAAACUGCUGGAGAAAUGUGGCCUGUUUCAGUGCCUGCUGAAUCUGUGCUCUGUGAAGAACCAGGAUGCAGUGCUAAAGCUUGCUGUAUCCACACUGGACUACAGUAGAGAUGGUCUGGCCAGAGUGAUCCUCUCCAAGAUCCUCACUGCUGCUACUGAUACGUGCAGGUUGUAUGCCACCAAACAUCUCCGCGUGCUGCUGCGUGCAAGCGUGGAGUUCUUCAGCAGCUGGGGCAUGGAGCUGCUGGUCACACAGCUCCACGACCACAGCAAGGCUGUGUCCAUGGAGGCCCUGGAUAUACUGGACGAGGCCUGUGAGGACAAGGCCAACCUCCAUGCUCUUAUCCAGCUGAAACCAGCUCUGUCCCACCUGGGAGACAAGGGCCUCCUGCUGCUCCUCAGGUUCCUGUCCAUUCCUAAAGGGUUCUCCUACCUCAAUGAGAGGGGUUACGUCAGCAAACAGCUGGAUAAAUGGCAGAAGGAAUACAACCUUAAGUAUGUGGAUCUGAUAGAGGAGCAGCUCAAUGAAGCACUUACAACCUACCGCAAACCUGUUGAUGGAGACAACUAUGUCCGACGCAGCAACCAAAGGUUACAAAGACCAAAUGUCUAUCUCCCUGUGCACUUGUAUGGUCAGCUGGUCCACGAUAAGACUGGCUGUCAUCUAUUGGAGGCUCAGAGUGUUGUUCCUGACCUCAGCUACACGGUCCGCUCCCCGAUGCUGGACACCUGGGAGGGCAUUAAACAGCUGAAGGCUGCUCUCUGGGCUCUGGGCAACAUUGGCUCUUCAAACUGGGGUCUGAAUCUCCUGCAGGAGGAGAAUGUCAUCCCUGACAUCCUCGCGUUGGCUCAGCACUGUGAGGUGCUGUCAAUACGAGGGACUUGUGUUUAUGUGCUGGGUGUGAUCUCCAAGACCCGGCAGGGUUGCGAAGUGCUGAAGCAGUAUGGUUGGGAUGCAGUCAGACACAGUCGCAGGACGCUGUGGCCUGUCACUCCAGAAGAGAUCGAUGCACAGCUGACCUCUGAACUGUCCUCAGUGCCAAGCACACUCAGUUUAAACUCUGAAUCCACCAGCUCGCGCCACAACAGUGAGAGCGAGUCUCAACCAAUCCUUGUGCACGCAGACAUGUACAUCCUGGACGAUGACAAGUGUGACGUUCUGGACCAGUCAGACGAGCCCCCUUUCUAUCUACACUCCAAACCAGUCAAGGACCGCAGCCCCUUCACGAUCCUGGCCUCCACACGCUUUGUUCGCACUCGCUUCCUCAACUCCUUGUCCCUCCCCAGCAAGAAACUUCGCUCCACCAGUGACCCCAAGACGCCAUCAGGCUCUCGCACUCCUACUGAACUCAAGACGGGGAGUAUGAGGCGGAACAGGACAGUGACGGAGCCCUCUGUCUACAGCCCAAACCAGGGCGACGUCUUCACAUCUGUGUUUAAUGGCAGAGGGAUGCCGAAGAGUCCCACAGUCAGCCUGGAGACGUCCUUUGUGGGGAACAGAGGGGGCUCUGAAGAGCAGCUUGUGGAUGGCAGGCUGGCCAGAGGAGGAGGCUCAGGCCUCGGACUCAGUGGUCUGGGUGGACAUGGGGUGGUAGAGCAUCACAUUCGGGAGAGGGAGCAGAGCAGCCGAGAGCGUCUAGCAGGAGACGGUGGCUCCUCAUCUAGUGGAGGCAAUGUAGGUGGGGGUGGAGGAGGUGGCGGAGGUACGCAGUUUAAAAGCCGCAGUCAGAGCUUUAACACGGACACCACAACCAGCGGCAUCAGCUCCAUGAGCUCCAGCCCCUCCAGGGAGACCGUUGGAAACCCUGAGCACCCCGAACAUGAGCCAGACUCCUCUGACUGCGUGAGCCUGAACACGGUGGUGUCAGCCAAGACUGUCAAAACACUCUCCUCCCUCACCCCCCAGUCUCAGACCAACCACAUGUCCACGCCGAAGUCCUCCACUGUCUCUCUGGUACCGCCCGGCUCCUCGCACACUCUCCCCCGCCGAGCUCAGUCUCUCAAGUCUCCCUCAGUGACCACCAUCAAGAGCCUGGCUGACUGCAGCUUCAUGUACACCAGCCCACGGGACGCGCUGGGCUACGCUACACUGAAGAGGCUGCAGCAGCAGAGGAUACACCCGUCUUUGUCUCAUAGUGAAGCGCUGGCUUCACCGGCCAAAGAUGUGCUUUUCACAGACACCAUUACUAUGAAGACCGGCAGCCUGGACUCCAGAUUGACGCCUCGCAGGUUUCUGAAGGCUCUGAGCUUUGCCUCUUUGGAUAAAGAGGAGCUACUCAGUCCCAUCAACCAAAGCACUUUACACCGCUGCUCCUCAGUCCGCUCGAUGGUCUCUAGCGCCACCUAUGGGUGUAACGAUGACUAUGUUGGCCUAGCACUGCCCAUGGACAUCAAUGAUAUAUUCCACAUCAGAGACUCUGCCUACUUUCAGCAGAGGAUCAGCCCUCCGUCUGAAGAGCGCAAACGCUUCCUCUUUGGCGAUGGAGAUGGUGAUCGUCCUCCUCUCCCAAUACUGAAGCAGCAGUUCAGUAUCUCUGAGUUGAUCGCGAGCCGAGGUGACGGCCAGAACCACACGGUGGGAUCAGAGGAGACGGGACUGCAGGAUCACGCUGAUGAAAACUGUCUCUAUUGCGUUGGAGCCAUAGUCCUUGGGUACCCCACACAGCCACAGAUCAACAGCACACACCCUCGGACAGACUACAUUGACUUCCCAUCGUGGGGAGGGCAGAGUGGCCAUCGUCUGGAGGUGAUGCCUCAGUCCAAGUUCUCUGGGGUGUCUGGCUGCAGCGAUGCUGCCGUGUCACAAGGCUCAAUCUGCAGCACGCCCACACCUGGUGACGUUGUCUUGGGUGGCAAGGCGAUAUCAGAAGACGGCCCUGCCUCCCGAGUCUUGCUGAGGAAGGAGGUGCUCCGCCUCAUCAUCAACCUCAGCUCCUCUGUAGGAACCAAAGGCCACGAAACAGGACUACUGACGAUUAAAGAGAAGUUUCCCUACGCAUUUGACGACAUCUGCCUGUACUCCGAGGUUUCUCACCUCUUAGCCCACUGUAUGUUUCGCCUGACCUCAAGACGUUUCAUACAGGAACUUUUCCAGGAUGUGCAAUUCAUGCCAAUGUAUGAGGAAGCGGAGGCAAUCCUGACAAAGCUACCAAAACCUGUCGAAGAGGACGUUGACCCUCCUGCAGAAUCUUGAUCACCCUCGACCCUUGUGUCCCCUGCCACCCUACGAACAUGGAAAUAGUGACUGAUAGAAUAUAAGAUGUGGCUAUAAGGAUGGGGAUAUUUUUUUUGUAUUGCUCAAAACAGAGUACCAUUGCCAAGGAAGAGGAGGAGGAAGUGGUCAUGCUCGCCUGUCUUCUAGCCAACACAAGCAAGAAGGAAAGGACUUGGAAUCUGUAAACGAAAUUUAACCCGGCACGCCUAAUGCUGUCUCAGACUUUUUAUAACAGGAAAAAGGGGGAGCAGUUUAACCAAAUACUGUUUUCAGAUGGGCUGGCAAUCUUGAGCAACACUCAAUAAUACAUCAACAUAAUAUUUAAGGACAGGCUUGGAUCAAUAAGACAAAAGACUCAUGUUUAAAUAAAAGAAGAAGAAGAAGAAAUUCUCUCAACAUUUUAUCUCUUUCCAGAGGUGGUGUUUUUCUGUAAUGAAAUGAAUAAGGCAUGUUGUUGUGUCUACCCCGUGAUUCCUCGGACCCCUGCGUUCUUCUUUUCUCCUUAUGAAACAAAACACUACAGAGGGGGGUCCUGCUGUCUUUUUUUUAUCUGGAGCCUUCCCAGUUCAUAUCCCACCCCGACUUGCAAUCUCUUCUAGCCAGAUAUGUGCUUACGCUUCUCUCGCUUCACCACGUCCUACAACCUGUAGCCUCUUGUCAGCACAGACAGCCAAUUACUUUUCUAUUUCUUGUAUCUCAGACAAUCAAACAUCACUAGUAUUGUAUUUUCUAAAGCACUAUACAAGCCACCAUUACACAGUACAUGAGGAGAAUAGCAUGUAUUUCAAUGCUAGUUUAUUCCAUCCUUUACUUGCUUAGGACCCUUUCAUAUUUUCCUUCAGCCAUUGCAUUAUUAGUAAGCAUCUCAGGAGGUGGAAAGUUGGACGAGUUAUCCGUAGGGUGAGUCAUUAAAGAUUUCAAAGUGAAAGAUGUUUCUAAAACCUGCAGCAGCUACCCGACUCUACGCCUUCUUACCUCUGUGCUCCACUUCCACUGCAUGUGCAACAAGCAUGGCAAAGUUGUAACGUCACCUUAACGUGUUUCUUGCUUGUAAAACUUUUUUUUUUGUUUUUUUCUGAAGAAAAUAGAUUGCCAUUUCAUGUUGCCAUCACAUUGUAGGAAUAUAAUUACCCCUGAAUCUGUUUCCACAAUGCAAUAUCACUGUCUGUCAUUGGCUGAGGAAGGGGAGAAGGAGGAGGAGGAGGAAGGAGGGGGUGUGAUGACUAAAGGAUUUGUAAAAGGUUUCCAGGGAAACGGGGGAUCUCUGUUUCCAUUGGCUUGUUUUUUUUGCUAUAAUGCUGCUACACAAAUGGACUCAUAGAGAGAUGAUUCAUAGAUCAGCUGAGUGAUGUCAGAUCCGAUCUAUUUAUUAUAUGUCUGUACCAUAGAGUGAGCUCAACCAGAGAAGAAAAAAAAAGUUAUUUAUAUUUUUUCCUCGAGACUGUAUUAUAAUUUAAAAAGAUUUUUUUCUUUUUUUUUUUUCUUUUUUUUUUUUUUUUGCCUGAAUCGUGGUUUCCCUUGUAUAAUGUGUACAGUAUGUUUUUGGGGCAUUGAUGACCUAAUGAAACAUACAAUCCUAUCAAAGGGAUGCAUUGUUAAUAAAACAAAAUUUGAAAUACCCAAAA